GACCCUCUGCCCAGACCAUCCCGAACAGCUAUUGCUAGUUAAGAAAAGACAGUCUUCCAUGGACUUCUCCAUCGGCAUCGUGCUCUUCCUGACCUUUGGCUGCAUCUCUUCCCGAAAAUUUAAAUCCAUCAUCUCAGUGAAGAAUGGAUCUCCUCUGGGGAGAUGGGAUAAACCACACUACUGUCCUAAAGGUUAUGCUCACGCAUUCCAAUUGAAGGUAGAUAAUUACCAAGGUCCUUAUAUGUGGGAGGAUGAUACAGGCCUGAAUGGCAUCCUUCUGCACUGUACUGAUGGCACAACCAUUGAAUCUAGAUUUGGACUGUGGGGAACUUGGACAGAGAUUGAUAGUUGCCCCCAAGGCAACCUGCAGCAAUUCUCUCUGCAGGUAGAAAAACCUCGUUUGAUGUAUGACAAUACAGCAGCCAACAAUAUCCGCUUCAGAUGUGAAUUUGGAGUUGUUCUGGAAGGUCUUGGACACAAUUGGGGGAAGUAUGGGGGCUGGAGUGAGAGCUGUGCCCCUGGCUUCAUAUGUGGGAUAGUGACUAGGAUGGAUAUUGACUAUGGUCCUGGUGACAAAACAGCUCUUAAUGAUGUGAAGUUCUACUGCUGUGACUGAACCACAAGACACUCAGUCUCUUACAACACAGCUGCCUGUAUUCUAAAAUAUGAA